GCACCGAGAAAAUGGCGCCGGGUUCGAGCAACAAUCAAAACAAUAACCGUCAGACGGGUACAAAGCCGAAAUCGAAAUCGUCGAAGAAAAAUGCAGUUCCGCAGGAAAUCGUUGCCCCGACCCGGAGGGACCAGCUCCAGCAGCAGCUAAAUGUACUCGUCGAUUGGGCAAACGUUUCCGGCGCAUCGUCGGUGGUGCCGAACAACAAUUCUCAGCAACAACAUCAGCAGCAGCAGCAUUUCAGUGGCGCACAACAACCAUCGACAAGUGGCCAGCAGCAGCAACAGCACCAGCAGCAAGGGCAGAACAUUCUUCUAAAACCCCGCAACAAUCGGACACCUGGUGAAGGCACCUGUUACGAAAUCGAUAAUCUGUCGCUGCAAGAUAACAGCCGCUACAUACCGGUACGGCCAAUCGUACGACGCAACCUGCUGAACGAAGGUGCCGGCGGUGAUCAGAACGAACCGCACAACACAGCAGUCGGUGUAGUAAUUCCGACGACGCCCAAUUCCGCUCUACAGCAAACUUUUCGCAUAAACGAGGGAGCAUCAGCGAGUGGAGUCGCUGUUGGAUCGACCCAUAGCAUUAACAAUUUGCUUCAUAGUGGAUCGACCGGUGGCUCAACCGUAACAGGAGUUGUGCCGAAGCAGCAACACAUCCUUAACCCUCUAUUGCUUCUUCAGCAACAACAAAACCAAGCGGUGCAAGCAAGAUCGACGUCCUCACCCUUGAGUUAUCGUGUACCGGAUGGUGCUUCACAGAAUCAGCUAAAUUUGAACAAAAAUUCGAACCACCAUCAGCAGCAGCAACAGCAGCAACAAAAUCAUCACUUACUCGCAAGUGCUGCCGUGCCAUCGACUUCUUCCGGUUCGCGUUACGGUCCCGCUACGCUUCCGUUUAGCUCCGCCAGCGGUACGGUUGAGGAUACGCUGAAUCAGAUUCAGGAGUACAUCAAGCUGACCACAAAUCUGAUCUCAUCUGUGCAGAUAGAUAACGUGAGUGGUGGUUUUUACAGGCGGAGAAGAAACCAGAACAAAGAGUGCAGUAUGGGAGACGAGAGUUGUUACUUUGUGCCGAUUAACUCCGCCACGCUGGAGGACGUGCGGCACUCCGAAACGGAGCUGAACGGUGGACCAAGACCACAAUCGGUGCAAAGCAUUAGCACGAACCAAUCGACAACGCCCGUUCCACCGUCGGCAUCCUGCGACGAAUUACGCUACCGUAUGGAGUCUCAGUCGAAAAAUAUGCAAGCCCUCAAGGAACAGCAGGCUCAUCUGCUCCGCCUGCAACAAGCAGCACGCCAGCAACUUCAGGAAAUGGAAUCAAUCCGUCAGAUGCAUACGGCCAGUGUAGCUCCACCGAUAGAAUCUUUCCAAACGGUGGAACAGGUGCAGGAUGGCAUCGGUAGCAUCAUGGAGCGAAUGCGUCUCCUUUCUACCUUCAUUCAAAACCAGCAAGAGCUAAGCAACAUGCUGGGCCCUGAUAAUGAUGCUGAUGUAAUGGCGGAUCAAGCAAUGCUGCAGCAAAAGUUCCAGGAACUACGCGACAAGAAGAGUCAAAUGCAUAAUCUCGUGUCGGAGUUGCAGACUUUAAAUCUGGAUGCAAAUCGACAAUUUGAUGGUGAAGCUGGGACGGAACCGCGUAAUGUACCGAUCGAACUAACACACGCACCAGCAACCGCUUCCGAUGCUAGGAAUGCGACGAAAAUAUUCCUCAACGGUGCUGGAAGCACCAUGGAAGGUACGAACUGUGGCGUAAACCCGGUGGCCACUGUGGAAGGAAUGUCGGUACCGUCGCACCGUCAGAUGAUGGGUGACGAGCACCGUAACGGACAGGCCACCUCAACCACGGUGGACGAGGAAGACGAUGAAGGACCGCUAAAUGAGGAGGAAGCAUCCGUUCUUACCGGCACGGCUGACAUGUUGAACGAUAAGAUAAAUGAGAUAAAUGCUAUGAAGUCACAGUUGCGCCGGCUAAAAGAGAUGAUGGACACGGUAAAGCUGAUCGAGAUGAAAACGGGCCAAGAAUCGAUCGACGAAGAGGAUGAGUACGAGGAGGAGGAGGAUGCACCGGAAGAAGAAGAGGAAGGUGACGAUGAGGACGAGGAUGGAGCAGCAUCAGCUGCGGCAAUCGCCAUACAACAGCAUCAGCUCCGCCCCAGCAGAAGCCGUUCCCGGUCGAUGAGUUCCGCACCGAUUACGCUUCUUCCGAACGGCACUACGAUCCCUAACGAGGCAGUAGAUGGCUCGGAGAUGUCCCAACAGGAGCGUGACCAUCUCAACAAGCGUGUAGAAGCCCUCCAAGCGAUGACACAGGAUCUCCGCGAACAGGCUAAAUCUAUUGCAGCCGAAAGGGACCGUUUAAAGCACGCUCGGAACGAUCUGCACAAACGUCGGAACAAUGUGAUGGAGUUGCAGCAACAGGCAAGUAAUCAGGCGAGCGAAAAACUCACCAACCAUGUGGCUUCGUUUGUUUCGAUGGCUGGUCCAAGUGGACGUACCCCAGCUGGACCAAAAGAGCGUCAGCAGAUGGAGUUGAAGGCGGAACUUGAGCAGAAAAAGCGUGAACUUGAACGUAUCGAAAAGAUGACGCAGACUAUCAAGAAAAACACGGAACUUUCCCGUACGUCUGUUGGGGAAGGUGUGAGUGGUCAUGAACCGUCGGUAGCUUCCCUUCCGACAGCGCCUGGUCCUUCGUCGGUAGUUUCUUCAUCGGUUGAGUCGUGCAGUGGCGGUGCCGGAUCGCACCAUCGUGGUACACCAUCCACGCACGUAACCAUUCCACCAGCACCGGCCCCUUCAGCCAUAAGCGGAUCACUGCAGAACAACACGGCCGGUAGUAAUGCGACCAACGGUUCGAAAACCAACUCUGCCGACUCGGGUGUUACGUCGGAUAUCUUUGCCAACGCGCAACUCGAAUCGGCCAGCUAUCAGUCGAGCAGUACGCGCAGUUUUCCACCACCGAUGCCCGAUAUCUGCAAUCGUAAUGCGGCGACCGAUCGAUAUCGGUUGAAGAGGAGCGAAAUUGAUGCGGAUGGUGCACCGGUUGGUUCGGCUGGUGCUGGUCCUAUUGGGCGUGAUCAUCGGGGAUCUUCACCGUGGCCCGUGUUUGGAACGAGUGGUGGCGCUGGUGGACUGUCAAGCUCGAAUACGGGCCCGCACAGUCCACACUACGGAUUGCCAUACGGAGCUGGGAUGCACGAUCUGUCUCAUCAUGCGGCAGCUGCCGGUGGUUAUGUUGGUGUUGGAGGAGGUGUUGGAGCGUAUGGAAGUAGCUGGAGCACGGGGGGAGGUCCGUACGGUGUGGCGGCUAAUUUGUUGCCACCGCAUGCUGCCACACCAAAUACACCGCCCGAUCCGAUCGUCUUUCAACACAUCAUGCAAACGCAGCAGAUGCUGAUGAACUCGAUUACGCAGUGUAAUCAGUUGCUGUGGAUUCAGCAGCGAGAAAUCAACAAUCUCAACAAUGCUGUCCUGUUGCUGCAAGAACGGAUACUCGGCACAAACAGUAGCUUGUUGCUUCAUGAAAACCUUGGCCCAUCGAUGGCGGCUACUACGCUGAUAAGGGCAGAGUCAACACCACCGAACAAUGGAUCGAACGCAGCCACCACGGCCAGCAGCAUGUACGCGCGGGCUCGUUCCGAACAACCGAUGAUGUCCCAUCAGCAGCAUCAGCAGCAUCAGCAGCAGCAGCAACAAUCCUCUCCCUACCAUCAUCCUCACUCCCAUCUCCAUCUGACCUCUCAUCCGCAGCAGCAACAGCAGCAACCAAUGCAACCACCUUUUACCCAACCGCCAUACAGUCCGCUUGCUGCUACAAUGGUGUCCCCACAGCAACACCCGCCAGCUUCCCAAUGCCUCGCGAAUCAAUCCACGCAGCGUAACAAUACUAACCCAAUCGCCCAGGCCGGACUGCCGCCGAGUGGUGCCAAUGUUGCCGGUCGGUUGCGUUCGAGUGUGCGUCCGCUUAACAUUAACACGCUUAACAAUGCGCUUUACGAUGAUCAAUCCGGCGGUAGUGGUGGCGUAGGUGUUACGACCACCGAAGCCACUUCCGGCAUGGCAAACGAGUACGGUGCCGGUUCGGUUGCCCCGAACAUGAUCAACAAUCUGUGCAGUAGCGGUUCGCAACCGGCCACACCAACGCCAUCUUUACUUGCUCAGCAGCAGCACCAUCAGCAACAACAUCAGUCCUCGUUGCGCUUUGGACAGAAUUACAACAAUCUGAACAACACGGUAAACAACAAUCUCUCGAACGCAAACAUGCAGAACAAUCACAAUCUGUACAACCAGCAGCAAGAUACUUCCUCCCAGCAGCAAACCCAAGCCCUCAACAACCAGGUGCUGCCGGGAGUGAGGGCCAAUAAUUAUUGGGAUAACUUUCGCAGCUACUCAAGACAAAAUCUCCUAUCGAGCAACAGCUGCAAAAGCAACGAAGAAUCAUGCUCGCAAAGUGGUAGCGCCGGCGGUGGUGGCAGUGGUGGUGGAGGUGGUGGAGGAGGUGGUGGUGGUGGUGGCACAGGAGGAGGAGGAGUAGCUGGAUGUGGUGGACCGGGAGUUGGUGGAAGUGGUGGCAGUACAGGAAGCGGUGGUUCUGGGAAUGCUGGCGGAAGUGGCUGUAAUACGAUAAAUAAUCAACUGCAGCGUAAUAAUAGUAAUGCUUCGAAUCAGUACAUGAACAACCAGAGUAGCAACAAGUACCAGCAGUCGAUCAAUAUUACUCGCAACAACUCUCUCAGCAAUUCGAAUCAUGUGAACAGUCAGGAGUUGGAUUCUUCUGGAUCGCAACAGCUGUUGGGCUACCAUCCGAAUCAGGAACAACCGAUCGAUGAUUGUAGUGGACAGGUUGUUGAUCAUCAGCGUCACCAGCAUGGUCAGGUACCGGUACAGCAAACACAAUUGCCUAACCUUGGCGGACACUCGAUGCAAGGAGGAAGACACUCCCAGGAAGCGUAUCAAUCACAGGCACCGAUUGCAACCGCUCGCCAGCAACAGCAUCGUCAACAAUCUCAACUAGUCGGAUCGGGACAGUCAAUUCAAACGCAAUCAGCAACACAUCCAUACGCACCAGUUCCACAACAACCUUUACAUCAGUCGGUUCCACCACAACAACAUCAUCCAUCGACGAGUGGGAUGGGAACUCAACAACAUCAGCAACAAAUCGCGGUACAACAGCAGCCACAGCACUCCCAUCAUACGCCCCUAAACCAGUCAAACUCAUUAGAUCUAGGCGAUCUGCAAUUCCACACUAAUCCAAUCAAUUUGGGCUUAGCGAACAAAACUCAUCCGAAAGCGAGUGGCCACAAGAAGUAUCCACUGUCUUUGCGAUCUUGCCGGGAUGCUGGAGCCGGUGGGGAAGGAAGUAGCGGAUGUUAUGUGUCCGGUGGUGGAGACAUGAAUCUUGCAUCCACCUGCACCUAUCAGCACGAUUCCAAAUCGACCUCGAAACUGUUCGAAGCACUCAAGGAAAACGUCUACCAGGAGGUGAAGAAUCUCAUCACAGCGAACGAAUCUCGGCCUCACUUUCUGAUACAGCUUUUCCGUGAGCUGCAACUGAUCUCGUCUGAUCCACUGAGACAGCGCACGUUGCAGUCGAUACAGGAGCUAUACAAUCGGUACAUUGAAUCCACGCUGCAGGAAGAAAAUCAUGUCAACAAUGUUGGAAGCAACAAUUUGUUGGCCUCUAGUGGACUUUCCAAUAUGCCGGAAGGAGUCAGUUCUGUUGGGGAAGGAAUGGCCAACAUCAGUGAACCAAGAAAUACUCCACCAAGGGAUACAAGGAAUGAAGAAGUUGCUGUGGAGCUGGAGGUAGUUCAAAACUACACCAAUCUUCGUCAACAGCAGCAGCAGCAACAGCAGCAACAAUAUCACUACAUUUCACCUAAUGGAACUGACCUGCCGGGAGGACAAAGCUCUUCACCUGGAGAUGGAAUAGGUUCAUCCUUGCCGAACGCUACGACAUCCAGCAGCACUCCACCGGGUGCUGGACGUCGACAUUCGGCAACUCGACCCCUAAACCAAGAGCAACUCGUCCCUAUUGCAGUGGCCAAUUCGGAAAUCAUUAACAUAAUAAUGGGCGAUAUCGUGUCGGUGAUAAAUUCGGUCGAUUACAUCAACGAUUCGGUGCUGUUUAAGAUUGCCGGGGUUAUCUGCAACCAUGCGGCUGGUGGUGCACCGGUAGACUACGGACAGCCGGUAGGUGAUGCCGGACAGCAGCAACACCAUCAUCACCAUCACCACCAGCAUCAUUAUCAUCAUCAUCUUUCCCGUGCAGGGCAGUCACCGGCGGCAUCGUUGCUGGCCGCUGCUUCCUUCCUAUCGGCGCAAGGCGAUGAACAGCAGGGUGGCGUUGCACCGGAGCUGGGCGGUGGUGUUGCUGCCAACGCCGGAGGAAGUGUCGGAGGCGACGUGUUUAGUCGGGAGGAUUUCUUGCGCCAUCUUGAAAGCUGGAACCGUACCGAUAAGGAUGAGUUUAUUUCCAAUUUGGAGAACUUUUUGAACAAUAUACUCCUACGGUCGUCUGCUGUGGAGGGCGAAGAAGGGGAGGAAGAGGAGGACGCAAUUACGGGAGGUCCUGUGAUUGGGGGUCAGCAAAACCAGACCUACGGUGAUGAGGUACAACCGCCAGAAGCGAGCUAUGAAGGUGAUGUGAGCGAAAAUGCUCUUAAUGGAAAUGGAAUGGCACCAUUUGCUGCUGGAGAGCAACGGCCGCUAGAAUCUGCAGUAGUCGUCAGUUCAAGCUCCUCCAACGCUGUUUACUCCUCGACAACGUACGAUUUGGCUGAAGCUGAUCAGGUGUGCGAUAUGGACAAUUCCACCGGAAGCUUGACAGCCGUUGCUGCCUCUGUCGGAUGUGCUAGUGGAACAAAUUCCACGAUGGAACAUCCAUCCGGUGGUGUUGGGUCCAACUUUGAUGAUCGCUGGACCGUCGUGGUGCAGAAGAAACCGGUCACGGAAGAACAAACGGCGGCAACACAACCUCGGAUGGGGGGAAUGCAACAGCAACAGAUGAAUGGUGGUCCGAGUGGAACCAAUGGAACCGUACCACCAACGGGUGCACCGGGUGGAGGAAACAAUGGAAAUAAUAUCAACAAUAACUGGCAGUCUGAAGAGGUCGCUGACGAACAUAUGGAGCAGACCGAGGAACAACACCGUUCGUCUUACUACUAA